AUGGCCAUAAGACGCGAGGUGGAAUGGCUUCUGCUUCACCGCUUCAAGACGCACUGGGUCAUACGUUUAAAAGAUAAAACCACAGAUUCAUCCCGUCGGUCGAACACAACAGUCAAGUACUACAAACAGCACAACCUAAGUCUGAGAGAUAAAACCACAGGUAAAAACGUUUCUCUAGGUAUAAGUAGCUUACCUCUUAGUAAUGCUCCUCAGACAGCCGAGUGUAUAACCGGAGGAGUUGAGUGGGAUCUUAUGAUUCCUUUAAGAUGGUCUAGCUGCUAUAUUCAGUUUUCUUUUGUGUUCUUGAAGAGGCUAACACGACGAAAACUAAACAAUCUACUUAUAGACUCUAUAAUCAUUAUAAGUACCUGGUUAUUUUACGAUACCUUUACUUACGCCUUCCUGUUUUCCCGAGCAGAUGCAACGGAGAACCCCCAGCGGAUGUGGGAUCCAGAGAAGGGUUCGAUCCUAGGACAAGGGGUUGGAUCCUUCGCCCUCGAGAAUGUCACAACGACGAACCAGACGGUGGAGGUCGGAUCCACGGUGUUCCUGCACUGCCAAGUCAGGAAUCUGGCAGAUAAACAGGUGUCCUGGAUCCGGCGCCGCGACUACCACAUCCUCACCUCCGGCCUCCACACCUACAGCAAGGACGAGCGUUUCACCGUCGUCAGGCCCGAGGACGCCGACGACUGGGCUCUGCAAAUUCGAUUUGUCCAGAAGCGUGACGAGGGGGCCUAUGAGUGCCAGGUGUCAACCAAGACGGGUCGCUAUGGGUACGUCGUUAACCUGAAGGUGGUCACCCCGAAAGCGGUUAUCUCGGGGUCAUCAGAACUCCACGUCCAGUCCGGCUCAACCAUUUCUCUGCUCUGUAUCAUUGAAGGGAGUCUGUCUCCGCCGCAGUUUAUCUUCUGGUACCACGAUAACCGCAUGAUCAACUAUGACCAGUCCCGCGGUGACAUCUCAGUCACGAUAGACCACCAGGAGCUUAUAACCUCCCGCCUCACCAUCAACAACGCCAGCUUCAAGGAUUCUGGGAACUACACCUGCAGCGCCAACAACAUUAACCCGUCCUCAGUCAACGUCUACGUGUCAGAAGGCAAAGGCGACAAGACGGCAGCAAUCCAGCGACUGGGUUCUGGCAGCGAGAGCGUCACCAGCUCAGCCGCGACCGUCUGUUCCCUCCUGCUGGUGGUUCUCCUGACCAGCGCGUCCAACCUGUGCUCGUCGCCCGGGACCUGAUCCCCUUCAGACUGAUCGCUGCGUCAGGAGGGUCUAGCGCGUUUCGUUUCGCCAAGACUAAUGCUCAUUUACCCAAGUGUUUUUUUCUUUCUUUUUCUUUUUUCUUUUUCUUUUUUGUCUUCGUAGGAGGUUUUUCUAGAAAUGUUGAGCCGAUCUUGUAUGGUAUCAAGAUGUUUUUAAUUUGAUUAUUCAGGUCCGAUUUGAUCGAUAUGUAACUACUUUCUGAAAUGUUGUUACAUUAACUGUCCAAACCAUUAUUAACUAACAUAGGAGUGACUGUUUUUUUAAAACUUUAUCUAGCAUGUGAACAAAAAUAUAGAUAAGAAAAGUUAAGACAAGAUAAGUGAUUCCGAACAUUAUUUGAAUCAG